AUGGUCAGCUUGGAAGCUGUUGGAGUGGACUAUGCACGAUCGGUACUCACUACACAAGAGCUCCAGGGUUCAAAGGUCAAACAAACCAGGAGGUCGGCCCAGUUCGAGUCGCAUGCGCUCAUCUCCCGUUCGCCAUUUUGUCAACACCACAGACGGCAUUUUUGGAACUCCCACAAUUGGUUCUCUGCCCUCCAAACUAAGCAUCGUUCACGAUUCGUUCCGCUGGUUCGCUCUUUCGGAGCAUUACACCCUGAACCGCAUCGCGACUUUGACGCUCGCUACAAAGCUCACCUCAAUCCCCUCCAUUCAGCAAACAUUUCCAAAAUGUUGACAGGAAUUCGCCGAGCAGCCGCCCAACGCCUGCUUAUCCGCACCGCGUUUCUGGCUGGCCCGCGAACGCAACCCCUUUUCCGCGUGACGUGUCGCAACUUUUCGACCUCACGAUGGGCGUGCUUGCCCGCCGCCAAGGCCUCGUCGACAACGACCGAGACGAAGAAGGCGCUAAAAGCCAAGGCCGGAGCGGCGACGAAGGAAAAGGCCCCGAGCAAGACCAAGGCCAAAGCGGCGACCAAUGCUCCCAAGGAGAAGAAGAAGGCGGACAAGAAGAAGGAGCUCACGCCCGAGCAGAUGCAGAAGCUCAAGAUAGAGGCGCAGAAGGUCAAGGUAAAGGAGCAGAAGAAGCUCGCGCUACUGCCAAACCCGAAGAAGCUGCCGAACUCGGCGUGGACGGUCUACAUAACCGAGAGGGCCAACGAUCCAGAAUUGGCGAUUGAUCUGGAAAGCCGGGCCAAGCUUAACUCCGAGUCGUAUAAGAAUUUGUCCUCGUACGAGCUCCAGCGUCUCGAGGAAAAGGCCAAGGAGAAUAGGCUUGCCAAUAUUGCUACGUACAAGGCGUGGGUGGAAUCGCAUACGCCGAUUGCAGUGGCCGAGGCGAACCGCGCGCGAGCGAAUAUCCGCAGGAUUACCGGUCGCAGAGCCCCCAGGCCCAUUCACGACGAACGCCAGCCCAAAAGGUUAUCAACAGCAUUCAUAAUGUUUGUCAAAGCCCGCUGGGACACCGGCGACUUCUUCGGUGUGGACCCUGUUGUCGCAAACCGCCAGAUUAGCGAGCAGUGGAAUGCUCUCCCGGAGUCUGAGAGAGAACCGUACAAGCAACUGGCCAAGGCGGACUAUGAACGCUGGGAGCGCGAUUCUUUCCAUACCCUGGGACGCGUCAUCGUCAAGAGCUGAAGCCU